CUGUCAGACCCCGAGGCCGGCCUCCCCGAGCGGCGCGAGGCGGGCGGGCGAGCGCAGCGGCUGGAGCUCGGCCUCGAUCCCGGUCCGGGACACAGCAGCGCCAGCCGUCUGGGAGGGGGAUGUGCGGUGGUGGCGGCGGCGGCCCGGGGUAGCUGAGCGCCGCGGGAUCCCCGAGCCACCCCGGAGCUGGCGCGCGGUCGGGGCGCGGCGGGCGGAGCGGGUCUAGUUCUCCUCAUGAUGGGCAGGGACGCGCGGAGCUGCCCUGAGGAGCCCGAGCGCCGGUGAAGGCGGAGCCGCCGGCCCUCCGCGGCCAUGGCCGGCCCCGGCGCGUGGAAGCGCCUUAAAUCCCUGCUCAGGAAGGACGACGCGCCGCUCUUCUUAAAUGACACCAGCGCCUUUGACUUCUCGGACGAGGUGAGCGACGAGGGGCUUUCGCGCUUUAAUAAACUUCGAGUCGUGGUGGCCGACGAUGACUCGGAAGCCCAGGACAGGCCUGUGAACGGGGCGCACCCGGCCCUCCAGGCCGACGAUGACUCCUUAUUGGACCAGGACUUACCUUUGACCAACAGUCAGCUGAGUUUGAAGAUGGACCCCUGUGACAACUGCAGCAAGCGGCGCGAGCUGCUCAAGCAGAGGAAGGUGAAGACCAGGCUGACCAUUGCCGCCGUCCUCUACUUGCUGUUCAUGAUCGGAGAGCUCGUGGGUGGAUACAUCGCAAAUAGCCUAGCAAUUAUGACAGAUGCUCUUCAUAUGCUAACCGACCUUAGUGCCAUCAUACUCACUUUGCUUGCUUUGUGGCUGUCCUCAAAGUCACCAACCAGAAGAUUCACCUUUGGAUUUCAUCGCCUAGAGGUUUUGUCAGCUAUGAUCAGUGUGAUGUUGGUGUAUGUACUUAUGGGAUUCCUCUUAUAUGAAGCUGUGCAGAGAACAAUCCAUAUGAACUAUGAGAUAAACGGUGACAUCAUGCUCAUCACCGCAGCUGUUGGAGUUGCAGUUAAUGUCAUAAUGGGGUUUCUGUUGAACCAGUCCGGUCACCACCAUUCCCACUCCCAUUCCCACUCCCUGCCUUCAAAUUCUCCGACCAUGGUAUCUAGUGGACACAGCCAUGGGCAGGACAGCUUGGCAGUGAGAGCUGCAUUUGUACAUGCCCUGGGUGAUUUGGUACAGAGUGUUGGUGUGCUUAUAGCUGCAUACAUCAUAAGAUUCAAGCCAGAAUACAAGAUUGCUGAUCCCAUCUGUACAUAUAUAUUUUCAUUACUUGUGGCUUUCACAACGUUUCGCAUCAUAUGGGACACAGUAGUGAUAAUACUGGAAGGUGUACCAAGCCACUUGAAUGUAGAUUAUAUCAAAGAGUCGCUGAUGAAAAUAGAAGAUGUCUAUUCUGUGGAAGACUUGAAUAUCUGGUCUCUCACUUCGGGGAAAUCCACUGCCAUAGUUCACAUGCAGCUAAUUCCUGGAAGUUCAUCUAAGUGGGAAGAAGUACAGUCCAAAGCUAAGCAUUUAUUACUGAACACAUUUGGCAUGUAUAAAUGCACUAUUCAGCUCCAGAGCUACAGACAAGAAAUGAACAGAACUUGUGCAAAUUGUCAGAGUUCCAGUACCUGAUUCUAUGUACUUGGGGUCUACAGCCUUAUUUAUCCUACAGUCACAGACUUGAGAGCAAUAAACGUAUACUAAUGGAGUCCCUGACAGCUGUGUACAUGUCAAGCUCCGGUCUCACAAGAACAGUCCCUCCCAUCUGACUGAUAAUUGCAUGAUUUUCGGGUGAAGUUUCCAAAGUACUGUUUACAGAGUAAGCUGUAGCUCUGCAGAUACCUCAUAGAAGACCGUUCAAGACCGUACUUCACUCAUUUGACAAAAUACCCAAGAUGCACAGGAAGACUCAGAAUUCAGUAUUUUCAUCUAAAACUACUUUUUACAGGCCUGUCGUAUGAAGUGAGUGCUAGCAAACUCAGUGUUGAAUUAUUUGGGAUUUUUGUGUCUGUGUAAUUUUGGCAUCUAGUUUCUGGAAUUGUGUUCUCUUUUUAUAAAAAUCAGCCCUCAACAGAUUUCAGAAAGUAAUAAUACCCAGAAAAUGGAAUAAGCAUGUAUUCCUAAGUGUUUCAGAACUGUUUUAUUUCACAAAUAACUCUUGAUAUUUGUUAGAGUCAUAAUUUAUAAGCAAAUUUUCCAGAUCUUACUGGGUUUUGAAUCUCAAUGUUUUGAUUAUUUGUAAUCGUACCAGAAAUAUUCACAUAAUGUGGUCACUAUCAUUGAAUUAUUUAGGAAAUUUUUAAUAUAGCUCUGAAUAACAGACAUUAGAUUUAACCUUAAAUCACCUUACCAUAUGAUGAUCUAAACCAGAGGGGCAAGCGGUGGGGUGUGAAGGUUUGCGUUUCUGUCUUCCCUACAAAUCACUCUGUGCUUUAUGUAGAAUUGUCUUACGAAUAGUAAGAGACAAAGCUCCUCUUUAAAGAACUGCCAGCAUUGUUAGUAAUCGUUUGCUUGGUACCCUGUUCUCAUGUACACCAGGUCAUCUGUAUGCAUCUUUCAGUGACCAAUAGAGUUCCUGAGUUUAUUAAUGCCCACCAUGCAGAGUACCCUGUUACUCCAGAGAGAAUUUCUGUUUUAUGAUAUGGGUUAGGGGGUUCUCUGUGCAUUACAGAAAGCCCCAAAUACAAUCUUGAAGUUUUAUAAUAGUGCCAUAGUAUAAAAAUACAGAGGGGCUGGGUGGAGAAAGUACUCUGAGAAAACAGAAAUGAAAGGGUUUUGUUUUUAUUCUUGUUUUUUUUUUUCUUGUCAUGUAUGUACGUGCACAAAAAUAAACUGAAAUAAGGAUGGAUAUUAAAGCUAUGUCUAGGGAAGAAGCAUAAAUAUUUCCAAGCUUAAGGGAACAUGAUUGGCAGAAGUUUGUUAAAGAGAUAGUCAUGAAUAUUCAUAUUUCAUUUCCAGCAGUUGUUUUGAGACAAUCUCUUUCCAGCAUAGACACUUCAUAUGGUCCUUGGCUCGUCAGAGAAUCAGAGUAGAGUAACAGUGUCUCAAACAAGUUGUGAAUUGAAAUCCUAGAAACCCAAAUGAUGUGUAAAUGAAGAGUGAGAAAUAGGUAUUAUCUUCUUACUUCAGACUUUCCCUACGUGUAAAACUAAAAUAAGGAAAUCCGGAUUUACCCAUUGGAAAUUGAUAGUAUCAAAAAAUAGCUGUUGUUACCUAAUAAAACCCAGUAGUAUUUGCUGAAUUCAAAGUUUGCUUUGAAAAAAAAGAGGAAAGUUAACUUUGUUGAAUUUUUAUUGUGAGUCCAUUUAUAAAUGUUUAAAUUUCAAAAUUUUAGACAAUAAACUAAAUAAAACGGUGAUAACCAUAUGAAUAAGUAGCAGGCAUUUAAGUGGCUGCCUGGGCAUGAGUGGCCUUUAGGUAUCUAGGAAAGAAAGGGAAAAUGUACAUUUUGUACUUAACAUUUAUCAUACCAUGAGUUUCUUAUAGGCAUCCUUUAUCACAAUGUGGGCAUAUCUAGAUUUUCAUAGUGACUUGUUCCUUAAGUUAUUUGAUAAGACAGCCUAAAAAUCUAUUUGAAUAUUGAAAGGGGUUGUUUUUUAAAAAUACAGAAACACUGAAAACUUGGGAAUCUUAACUAUCCUGUUCUACUUAAGGUGGGGUGUGCCUGAAGUUUCUGUGCUUUAUUGUUGCAGCAAGAGCUAGACCUUGUACUUUACUGCUUCCACAUGAUGGAGAACUGGUAGAUUUUACUUUUUAAUUUGUCAGUACCCGCAGAGGAGGACAUUACCUCAGCAGUUACUCCAGGGACUACACAGCUGUGGGGUUUGGGCUGUCCUUCACUGCUGAGCUGUGGAAGCUCUUUGCUCUGUGAAACGAGGGUCUGAAUUGGAGAGAUGUGGUGCUGGUUUUGCACUGGGAAGCAUCACAACAUAAAAACUUGGCAGUUCUCCACUGCAAUACAUCUACCGAAUAUUUGCAGAUAAUCAGUUACUGUAGACAUUAACCUGUGUUUCACAACGCUGGCCCCCUACCGUCUUUUGUUUUACUAAUUUUACUAUUACAAUUUACUGUUGUCUGACUAAUGAUCUUGUUGCCUUAACAAGAUUAGCGAGAAUGCAGUGAAUAAGACAUACUUGAUUGUGAUUCUUACAUACAGCUGUAUUGUUUCCAUGGCUGCAGGUCCUGAUGUGGGCAGAGAUCUUCAUAGCUCCCAUCAACACUGUUUGCUGGAUCACUGGAUUUCUUAGUUUACUGUAUUUCUUUUCAGUUUGGGGUUGGGGCUUUAUUUCUCUCUAAAAUGUUUCCUAAUUAUGAAUUCUUUAGCCCAGGAGGUUCACCUGUCAGUAUUUGUCUUUAGGUGAUCCUUCCCAGAAUGGACACAGGCAAGAUCAUGUAGAUACACUGUUUCUCUCUCGUUUUUCAGAGAGAGCUUUCCAGGUGAGAAAGGUUUUAUAACAGCAUAUCAUCCCCUGCCUAGAUUUCUGCACGCUGAACUUAAUAGAGCAUAUGAAACAGAAAUAGACUGAGCACCACUGGGAAGGACUUUGGGUUUCUCAAAAUGCCAGUCAGUACUCUUGGAGAUUUUGACUCUGAAGCACGCAGUUCAGCUGCAUUUGGCUUUAUGUAUUUAUGAUCCUUGGUUCAUCAUCAUAAGAUGCUUUUACGGAAUCUGAACCCUUUUCAGGUACAGUUUUGGGCAGUUUUGCUGUUGACCACCUUGUGUAUAGCCAGAGUUACAGAAUUUGUCCCUACAUACGGGAUGAGUUCAUCUGGUCUUAGACAUCUCGCUGGAUACUGUGCUGAGGGAAGCAAGUCUGACCUCCAGGUGUCGCCUAACGACAGAGCAUCAUUGCACACUCUAGCUCCAGGGCUGUCGGAUGGGUCCUGCAGGCCGGCCUUUCAGAUUUGAUUUGGCAGUUAGAUACAUUGUGAUAUUAGUGGGCGCUGCAGACUGGAAAGAAGAAACGGGAUUCCUCAGUGUUACAGGGUCUCCGUUUAUCAAGCCAGUCACUGAGUUCUUGGUUUCAAAAGGUUUGUGGGGAACCAACAGUCAUUAUCUGGUUUUUGUUAAGAUUGGUAAAUGUUUUUGGAGACUGUGACAGCUAAAUCCAUGACAGUGUCAAUUUAAGUAGUGCCAUCAACAAUAUUCUAGAAUAAAUGCAGCACAAAGCUGAAAUGUGCCAGUCUGUCCCUUUUCUACCUAGAAGAGACCUUGUAUUUGGAAAGUGUCUGCCUCUCUAAAUAUGUGACUAAAUAAGCCAUAUCACGGUUUAAGAAAUUGUAUAUACUUUCCUGUACACCCCUCCAAAAACCAAGUAUUUUGCAUAUGAUUGAUUUUAGAAAGAUUUUGAAGUUGGGGUUUAUCUGUGUAAUGAAGAUCAGGUUCUUUGUAUAUGUACUGUAUUUGCCAUUUUCAAAUGAAAUUUCCUAUAUGAUUAUUAAAUAAAGUGUUGUUUUGCCUUGUGGUUUAUUAAAAACGAGAUGUACAGUGCCCUAAA